UUUUCAGCUUAAAACUGAUAUGUUUCAGAAAAAUAUCAUUCUCAAAUGAAAGAAGCUCAACAAGUCGUUGCCGAAAAAACAAGUUCUCUGGAGGCAGAAGCGUAUAAAACAAAAAGAUUACAAGAAGAGAUUGCACAGCUGAAACGGAAAGUUGACAGAAUGAAGAAAAUUGAAUUAGCCGAAACAUUGGAUGAAGUGAUGGUCGAGGAAUUACGGGAGUAUAAAGAAACGCUCACUUGUCCAUCGUGUAAAGUUAAACGUAAAGAUGCAGUACUUACGAAAUGUUUCCAUGUUUUUUGUUGGGAUUGUCUUCGAACUCGUUAUGAAACCCGUCAACGGAAAUGUCCUAAAUGCAACUGUGCAUUUGGAGCAAACGAUUAUCAUAGAUUAUAUUUAUCAACUUGAAUAAAGUAAGAAUGUUCUAUCAUAUGAUCGAUACAACUCUUUUUAUAUGGAGACUCAUAAUUAUUUAUUAUUAAUUAAUUAGUUAUGAUUGUUUCCAAAUAAUUUUGUCUAUCAUAUGAUUCUGUAUGUUAGAUCUUCAAUGAACUGUUAAAUUAAGGUUUUUUAUGUACUUUCAUUGAAUGUUAUUGAAUAAAAUGUAUUGAAAAGUCCAUCA